GCGACCUCCCCCAUUCACCGAAGCGAACGACUAAGUUACCUGCAACUGGACAAGAUAAGAUCGGCCCCACAAUACUCUACUCGAGCUUACCUACCCUCUCUCACGCUGCUGUUCUUACCGGUUGCGGUACGGUAUCGACUGUUUGACUGGAACCACUUACUAUGGAAUCGAUAGAAAAUCUAGCGGAGCAGUGGCUCGCUAUGGAUAAUAAUGACCGGACCAGGUCUGAGAUCAGAAUCCUCUUGCAGGAAAAGAACACUCAGGAACUGGAAAAACGCCUAAGAACCAGAAUCGAGUUCGGCACGGCGGGCCUCCGAGCUCGCAUGGAAGCUGGGUUCUCUCGAAUGAACGAUGUGACGGUGAUUCAGGCUUCUCAAGGACUAGCAAGUUAUUUGAUUUCUGAAUGCCCACAACCGGGCGUGGUGAUUGGCUAUGACCACAGACACAACAGUGAGCGGUUCGCAAAACUGACCGCUGCGGCCAUGAUACGAUGUGGAAUUAAGGCAAGCUUCGGUGGAGCUCCGGCAGAAGGAUACACGGGUGCUAAAAUUACCGGAUGCUAUAGUGCCGGGGUGAUGAUCACGGCGUCGCAUAACCCGGCGCAGGAUAACGGAUAUAAAGUCUAUUGGGGGAACGGCUGCCAGAUAAUCCCGCCACACGACAAGAACAUAGCUCAGCGUAUUGAAGAGAACCUUGAGCCCAAGUGCUGGGACGUGGGGUUGGUGGAUAGGGAUGGGGGUGUUGUCCGGCCGGUGAAGCAGGUGACGGACGCGUAUUUCGCUGCCCUGAGGGAAUUGGAAGUAGGGCUUGGGUGUAGAGAGGAUCGUCGGCUGCAAUUUGUAUAUACACCUAUGCAUGGCGUUGGGCUGUCUUUCAUGUGGAGGAUCGCUACUGAGAUGGGGUUGGGGGAUUAUAUGAUGCCUGUCUCGGCAACACCGGACCCUAACUUCCCCACUGUCAAAUUCCCAAACCCGGAGGAGAAGGGAGCCCUAGACUUGGCGAUAGCUACUGCGGAGCGCAAGGGGAUCCAUCUUGUUCUAGCGAGCGACCCUGACGCUGAUCGGUUUGCUGCUGCUGAAAAACUGCCGUCUGGAAAAUGGCACGUAUUCACCGGGAACCAAUUGGGUGUACUGUUUGCAGCACAUGUCAUCAGUGUAUAUCGAAAGGAGGGGAAGGAUAUCUCGAAGCUUUCCAUGCUAGCAUCAACUGUGUCCACGCAGAUGUUGCGCGCCAUGGCCGAUACAGAGGGCUUCCAUUAUAAUGAGACACUCACGGGAUUCAAAUGGCUCGGAAAUCGUGCCAUAACUCUGGAGAAAAAUGGUUAUGAUGUUGCCUACGCGUUUGAGGAAGCAAUUGGUUAUAUGUUCUCGCCCAUCGUCCAUGACAAAGACGGUAUUGCUGCCGCGAGUGUGUUCCUCACGAUGGCACGGCAAUGGGCAAAAGAGGGGUUCACCGUGUGUCAAAAACUGGAACAACUCUACCAGAAAUAUGGAUACUUUGAGGCUGCCAACUCGUAUUUUGCUUCCCCCGACCCGCUCGUGACGAAAGAGGUAUUUGCUGCCAUUCGUAAGCUAGGGGAUCCGCACCCAGCGAAAAUCGGUAAUCGGGAUAUAAUCAAGUGGAGGGAUUUGACCGUGGGAUACGAUUCUUCCACCCAAAAUAGGGAACCCGAACUGCCUGUCAGUAAAAAUUCGGAAAUGAUCACCGUCGAGUUGGAAAAUGGGGUUCGAUUCACUGUUCGAGCCUCCGGAACUGAACCCAAAAUUAAGAUGUAUAUCGAAUGCAGUGCAUCAAGUUCAGGAAAAGCUAAGGCAGGAGCGCAAGAAGUAUCAGAGGCUUUGACCAAAGAGUGGUUUAGGCCGGCGCAAACUGGACUUAAACUACCUUAGCUAGAAGACCAAUUGGGUGGCCCAGGUACAAAUUUGCACAGCGAGGAUGCUAUUUAGGGUUGGAGCGGGCGAGUGAGGCGGGGCUUGGACUGCGGGUGAAUUUUUUUUUUUUUUGCUUUAUAUGGUAAACGGAGCCCUAUCCCCUUCCAGAAAAUCGAAAAGUGGUAAAGAAA